AUGAUUGCGUUAAUGUAUGUAUCUAUAUUUAUAUUAAUGACAAGAGGUGAACAAAAUCUGUCCUCAAAAGUGUUAAGUUCAUGUUCAUCAGAUUCAUCUUGUAUUCAUGGAAUAUGUUAUCAAAAUCAAAAUGUGUCAUCAUGUUUAUGUGAACGUGGUUGGACAUUAUCUCAAUCUCAACCUCAAAUUUGUACUUAUCAACAGAAAUCUAAAUUAGCUGCAUUUCUUCUUUCAUUUUUUGUUGGUGGUCUUGGUGCUGAUUGGUUUUAUUUAAGUGUUGGAAAUGGUGGUUAUAUUGCAGCAGGAGUCUUUAAAAUGUUAACUUUAGGUGGAAUUGGAAUUUGGUGGCUUGUUGACUGGAUGAGAAUUUUAACAAAUUCAUUUCUUGAUGGACAAGCUCAAUACAUCGAUGAUCAAUCGAACAAUGAUAUAACAUCAACAAUCAAUUCUUUUAUUUUAUCAAGUCCAACAGUAAAUGAAUCAAUUACAGAUGACGAUAAAACUAUCUUAAUAGAAUCGUCAACUGAAUAUAUAUUUAAUAAAUUACAUGAAAAUGAAACAAGUUCAUCAAUGAGACUAAAUACUUUAAUUAAUAAUCAAACAUCAACAAUGAAUAAUGAUGACACAUCGUUAUCAACAUUUUUUCUUUCAUCAUCUCUAAAUGAUUUUCAAUCUACAACAGUUAUAAAUAAUAUUUUAUAUCGAAAUGAACAAUGGUUUAAUUAUAAUCAAGCAAAUCAACAAGGUUCUUAUGAUUCUUCGAUAGUUUGGAGAAAAAGCAAGGAUGAAUCAUUGGAUAGUUCAACUUAUAUAUUAAAAUCUGAAGGUGAAUGUGCUGAUCGUAUGUGUUAUAUUAAAUUGAAAUACAAUGGUUCCUUAUCAAAUAAUAAUGAUGGUUGUUUAUCAUUUAUUCUUUCGAUACGAGGUCAACCAGUUGGACAAUUAUGGAUUGAAGAAGAUGAAGAACAGGAAAAUCUUUCACAAAAAAUUCAAUUAAUUAAUUCAAGUUUACGUGUUGAACAUUCAUUAAAAUCAAAAACAAAAAAUUUAUCAAUUGAUGCUCGAAUAUUAUUUCGGAAUCCUAAUAUUGAUUUAAUAAGUUUAUCGAAUUUAAAUGUUAAUUGGAAUGGAGCUUGUCCACAAUAUCGUACAAUGAUCCCAUUCCCAUAUAUCAAUAUAUAUGAGUCGACAUUGGAAAAUAAUUUAAUAAAAUGGACUAGUGAAGAUUUAUCUCAAACAAGUUUUCUAACAACAAAUGAUAGAUUUGAAAUUAGUGAAGAUUACUUAUUAAUUGAAUCAUCAACAGUUAAAUUUGAAGAUAAAAUAUCAAUUCAACGUUCAUAUUCAUUAGUUAAUCAAUGGAAUAUCGGAUGGAUUUUAACAUUAAUUAUAUUAUUUUGUUUUUUAAUUAUUCUAUUUUCAUUUUUAUAUGGUUUAUGGUCAAUACAAGAACAUUAUCGUUCUGUUUGGUAUGUUAAUUUUAAUUCUCCAAUUCAAUUAAUUAGUCGACGAUCAAUUCAUUCAUCAAUUAAAUCAGAAAAUAAUAUCGAAAGAUUUUCUCAAAUAUCUAAUGAUAUUUCUUAUAUAGAUUAUCAACAAGAAGAUUUUGAUAGUUUUACAACAGCUAGCAGUCAAUCAAUAUCUUCACCGUUUUAUACUUAUUUUUAA